AUGGAACAUCCCGCUUGCUUUCCGAACGUUGCAAGGGAGCCCUUCUUACGUUUUAAAUUCCCGCACCCCGUCUUCUUCUUUUCCCCUUUCAUUCCACAGAGAAAUAGCCGUUGCUCUCAUCUUCAACUCCUCCAACGGCCGCCGGCUCUGACUACUUCCGUCCACUCUUCCCCAUCACCGGAUCCCAUGGCAGCUUCUUCCUCUUCUCCACUGUUCAGCCCAUCUUCCGACAAGCGCUUCUGGACCACUCUCAACGGCCAUGUCGAUUCUAUCCUUGAAGGCCGCCGUCGUCGAUCUGAAAACACUUCACAGGAUGAUGGCAGCGAAGUGGAAUCCAAGAAGACCGGCAGGUCGAAGCGGAUGAAGGAGGAUGCUCUGCUUCUGAUGAGAGGAUUUGAUUCCAUCUCUCACACCCUCUCCGCCCUCUCCAACAACAUCGACAACGCUCUUCAGGGAGCUAGAUCUCUGGCUGAGCCACCGACAUUGACCGAACUACUCCAAGCGAAUAAUACCAAAUGCUCCGAAACCCAACAAGACGAUUCUCGCCAAUGCUCCAAAUGGAAAGAAGAAGAGAAAGAGGGAAUCACAGGUCUCAAGAGGAAGUUGGAAACAGAGGAUGAUCAUAUCUCGGUUGGGGAAGGAAUCAAUGAUGGCGGCCCAAAGGCAAAUACCAGUAAUAAGUUGCAGAAAGCCAAAAACCUAGCUGUUUCCAUGGCUAAGAAGGCAGGAGCAAUGGCCAGGGAGCUUAAAUCAAUAAAAUCCGACAUGUGCUUUGUGCAAGAGAGGUGUGCUCUGCUGGAGGAGGAGAAUAGAAGGCUUCGAGAUGGCUUCCCUUCUGGGAUUCGGCCAGAGGAAGACGACCUUAUGAGGCUGCAAAUGGAGGCGCUGCUAGCUGAGAAGUCAAGGCUAGCGAACGAGAAUGCUAAUCUGACCAGGGAAAACCAGUGCCUCAACCAGCUUGUGGAGUACCACCAACUCACAAAUCAAGAUCUCUCUGCGUCAUACGAGCAACUAGUUCGUGGGAUGGGGCUCGAUUUCUCUUCUCCAGAUUGCUCACAAGACGACGAUGACAACAGAAACAAAGUAGAUUAUGAAGCUGGAUGCCCGGCACCGCGAUCCAACAUCUUGGACGUGUCUACAUCCCUUGACAAGUACUUCGAAGAAGAACAGUAA